CUCUGCUCAAAAGGUCCAUAAAUCUCGAGCAAAAACACUGCCCUGAUCACUCGGUCUAGCUUGUUCACAACUCUUCUCUCCAUUUGUGGCGUGUUAGAGAAAGCAAGCAUGGCAGUACCACCUCUGCAACCGCAAGCAGACAACAAAUAUAUGACCAACAUGUUGUCGUGUGUACUUCUUGUAGUUAUAUUGCUUCUCCCCAACAUUGUUGCGCCUCAAACAAUCAUUAACAACCUGCCGGGCUAUUCUGGUGAUCUCCCUUUCAAGCUUGAAACCGGGUAUGUAGGCGUGGGGGAUUUGGAUGAUGUGCAGCUUUUCUACUAUUUCAUUGAGUCUGAGAGGAGUCCAAGAGAUGACCCUCUAGUGCUUUGGCUCACCGGAGGCCCGGGUUGUUCUGCCUUUUCUGGCCUAGUCUAUGAAAUAGGUCCUCUUUCAUUUGACUAUACGAAUUCCAGCCGGAGCUCCCCGACAUUUAAAUUGAACCCAUACUCGUGGACAAAGGUUGCCAACAUAAUAUUUCUAGAUGCACCCGUCGGCACUGGAUUCUCAUAUGCCAACAGUUGGGAGGGAUACAACAAUAUGACUGAUACACUCUCAGCAAAACAAACCUAUACUUUUCUAAGGAAGUGGCUUAUGGCUCACUCAACAUUCCUCAGAAAUCCACUCUACAUUGCUGGUGAUUCUUAUUCGGGAAUUGUUGUCCCAAUUAUUGUUCAAGAAAUAUCUGAUGGUAAUGAAGAUGGACGUAAGCCAGCUAUGAAUCUCCAAGGAUAUGUGCUUGGUGACCCAACCACAAUUCCACAUGAUGACUACAACUCCAGAAUUCCUUUUGCUCACCGGAAGACGCUCAUAUCAGAUGAGCUCUAUGAGUCAAUCAAAACGAACUGCAACGGCGAGUAUAUCAAUAUAGAUCCAAGCAAUACACCAUGCGUAAAUGAUCUUAACGCAGUGACACAGUGCAUCAAAAAGAUAUAUAGAGCACAUAUAUUGGAACCUUCGUGUAGUUUACUAUCCCCAGAACCUGUCGGAUCAAAGUGGGAUCCAAGCCUCGAAGAGGAUUCUGUAGAUCUCCUUACUGUUCCUCAAGUUCCUGAACAAUGGUGUCGGAGUUAUAACUAUUUAUUCUCUUACAUUUGGGCCAAUAAUGAAACUGUUCAAGACGCUCUUGGCAUCCGCGAGGGGAGCAUAAGGGAGUGGACAAGAUGCAAUAAAAGCUUAUCUUACACGGACAAUAUCUUUUCUACUCUUAAUUUCCACCGAAACCUCAUCAAGAAAGGCUAUAGAAUGCUGAUUUACAGCGGUGAUCAGGACAUGGUUAUUCCCUAUGUGGGCACGCACGCAUGGAUAAAAUCUCUGAAUUUGACUGUUUCUGAUGAUUGGGAGCCAUGGUUUGUUGAUGGACAAGUUGCAGGGUACACGAUGGAAUAUAAUUAUAAAAAGAGCCGCUUGAGAUAUGCAAUUGUAAAGGGAGGAGGCCACACCGCUCCCGAGUACAAGCCCAAGGAGUGUUUUGCUAUGGUUGAUAGGUGGUUUGCUUACUACCCUCUAUAGAUCGAGGAAUUAUUUCAUGAUGUUGUUGUCGUCAUUCAGUCAUCAAUGAAACUCGAUCGACAGCUUCAACGACGUCUUUUAUCUUUGGUUUUUCUUUUCUCGUUCAUGAAACUGUAAAUUCGGAUAGAUCCGACUUUUUAAUUUGUAAGGGUUUUUGUUCUCUAAUGGGAUGUUGCUAGACGAAUUAGAUAGAGCAAACUGAAAUUUGAAAGACAACAUUUGUAACACUCGGUCUUGUAUUGGAAAGAAAUAAAAAGCUCAGAUAGAGUAAGUAGUUUAUAUAUAA